AUGGGGGCUGAGCGCCGGCGAGAACAAAUCACGGAGGAAGUGUCGUAUCACCAAACGGGAGCAGCUCCCUCGCGUACUUGCACUUGGCGGGCAACUGCAGUGCGGCGAGACCCGUCUCGAUAUGUCGAAGAAGGCGAACAUGUCCGGAUCCGCGCCUCCUGCUUGGCCUCCGUCUCGUGGAGCGCGAGGAACACGUGCUCCAUGGUCCCUGGCCCCGCCUUCUGCACCGGCUCGUACCCUGCUUCGGUCCCAGGGCCACUGCGGCUGGCGGAGGGCUGGAAUGUGGAGGCCGGCGCCGCCAGGGGGACUCAUCGCGUGGGCUCCCGCGCGCCGUCAUGGCGCUGGUGGCGGGACAGCGGAGGAGGGCGCGGCGUAGGUCUGUUAGGGGAAGGCGAGAGGUUGCGCAAGGGAGCCGGUGGCGAGGCGCGUAGAGAUCGCAGGUGGGUUGGGGAGAAGGCGUCGGCGUCUGGUGAUGGUGGUGGUUUGUUUUGGAGAGAAGCGAGAGGAAAAGGAAAAAAUUACAAAAAUAAUGAUAUUUAG